UUCAUUGCAGCGCCAUCUGUUGGUUUAAAAACUGUAAUGGCGACCAUGUAAGAUGAUCGAAGAGGGUCCUGGGUCUCAACACGGAGGGCAGGUCGGCCCAUUGUCAGGGGCUAUAGGAAUGAUGACGAAACAACAACAGGAUGAUUUGGGGCAGCGGCCGCAGUAUUCUAUGCCUGGAAUUUUACAUUUUUUGCAGACAGAAUGGGCUCGAUUCGAGAUGGAGAGAUCACAGUGGGAAGUGGAACGGGCAGAACUUCAGGCAAGAAUAGCAUUUCUUCAAGGAGAAAGAAAGGGACAGGAAAAUUUGAAACAAGAUCUGGUUCGCAGAAUCAAAAUGUUGGAAUUUGCACUGAAGCAAGAAAGAGCUAAAUAUCACAAGUUGAAAUAUGGCACAGAUUUGAAUCAAGAUGACCUCAAACCUCCAUCUCUGGACAGGAAAAAUGAAGAUGAAAGUAUGGAUGGAGAAGUGAUAACACCAAACAGCAAUGUGUCCUGGCGACAGGGUAGACAACUUCUCAGACAAUAUUUACAGGAGAUUGGCUAUACUGACACCAUCAUCAAUGUUAGAUCUGCUCGAGUGAGGUCCUUACUGGGUCUCCAGGGAAAUGCUGUGGAGAAUGAAGCUGAAGGUGCACAGCCAGCCUUAGUUAAUGGAGAGCCUGCGGCCUCGCGCAACAAUGACCAGAGCAAAGCCAGACCACCUAAGAAGGUGCCAGCUUCCCUUGUGGAAGGUGCUCUGAUGGAUAGUGAAGCCUCGGUCCUAGCUACCCUAGACUUUCUAGGCACAGAAAAUGUAGUGGAUGAUGAUGAUGAUGAUGAUAACCUCAGCGAUGAAAAUGAUGAUGGCAUGGCAGCAGAUGAUGAGCAUGAAGUGAGAUUAGCAACAAAAAGGCCAAAUAUCAAGGUGGAUGGUCUAACUGGACUUGUAGAUGACCGUGAUGACGACGACCCAGAAACAGAAGAGGCUAUGGCUGAGUUUAACUUCCUUGUGGCCGAGAGUGACGAGGGAGCUGGGGAGGCCCGUAGUCAUGGUGAUGGCCCAGACUGGGAGAAGAGGGAUAUAGAGGAGUGGGACGUAGACCAGCAGCUUAUUUCUAAACUCAAAGAGCAGUACACAAAGGAGAGGAAAGGAAAGAAGUCAAAAUAUCAGUCAUCAAGACCUAAGAAAUCAACAUUGCAGGCCAUGCUUGCUAACCUUGGCAACGAUGAAGAGCUGCCCAACUCCCUUGGGGCCGCGGCUAGCUCGCCUCCCUCCACCGCCUCAGUGCCGGGGAAUAGCAUGCCAGAAAUAGAUGACAUGGGUAUGCAAGGGGGUGGUUCUCUGCCAUUCAACAAUACUGGGAACAGGAAACAGAUCAUUGGGUCUGGGGCAGAGGAGGAAUCCCUGGAGGCCCUGGGACUGGGAGAGCUCGCCAGUCUCACUGUCUCUAAUGACGCAGACCCUCUAAGUUAUGACAAUAUUUCUACCCCAAAAGAAGUUUUUAGAAAAACAUGGAAUGCAAAAUACACAUUAAGAAGUCAUUUCGAUGGUGUGCGUGCUCUAGCAUUCCACCCAGUAGAACCAGUGUUAAUUACGGGAUCAGAAGAUCACACUUUAAAGUUAUGGAAUCUACAAAAGACAGUCCCAGCCAAAAAAGCGGCUUCCCUAGACGUAGAACCAGUUUACACCUUCAGGGCACACAUUGGCCCUGUACUGUGUCUAGCUGUAAGUGCCACAGGAGAGCAGUGCUUCAGUGGUGGCCAAGACUCCUCUAUCAGGUGUUGGAAUAUACCAAGUUCCAAUAUUGAUCCGUACGACUCAUUUGAGCCGACCGUGCUGUCAGACACACUUCAGGCCCACACGGACGCUGUGUGGGGACUGUCAAUACAUACCUCCAAGAUGCAGCUUUUGUCCUGUUCAGCAGAUGGAACUGUUCGGUUAUGGAGCCCUGGGAGUAAAACACCUCUGCUCAACACAUUUACAGUUGAUGACGAAGAUGGUGCUCCAACCUCUGUUGACUUUGUGCGUUGUGAUCCAAGUCAGAUGGUGGCAUCCUAUUCCUCCUCUAAUACGUACAUAUUUGAUAUAGAGAGUGGCAAACAAGUCCUCACUUUAGAAACGAAGAUCAACCAAGAUGCUGGAGUAAGUAAUCAGAUCAACAAAGUGGUCAAUCACCCAACACUUCCCGUCACCAUCACUGCACAUGAAGACAGGCACAUUAGAUUCUUUGACAAUAACACAGGUAAAAUGAUCCAUUCAAUGGUAGCACAUUUAGAUGCUGUUACCAGUUUAGCGGUUGAUCCCAAUGGAUUAUAUUUGCUAUCAGGAAGUCAUGACUGUUCAAUAAGGCUGUGGAAUUUGGACAGUAAGACGUGUGUACAAGAAAUAACUGCCCAUAGGAAGAAGUUUGAUGAGUCAAUAUAUGAUGUAGCUUUCCAUCCAUCGAAGCCGUACAUAGCCAGUGCAGGGGCAGACGCCUUAGCUAAAGUGUUCGUAUGACAGGAGAGAAUUUUGUAGAACUAUUGUAAUAAGACAAAUCUUCCUUUGAAAGUGUGAACUGCCAAAGCAGCUACAAGGAGAACUGGCGCAGGCGAGGACUUACAUCAACACAUAAUCAUUUGAUUCAUCUUCAUUGUCAUUGUCGUCACCUCAUUUGUUGUGAGAAGUUUGGACCAGUGAAAACUGGGAGGUGAUGAGACGCAGUGGAGGAAGUGUAUGAUAAUUAGUGUACUAUAAGACUUCAUGAAAACAUUCAUAACAAAUUGUUUCUUACCUGUAUUUAUGUAACAGUAAGUACAAACUGUGUCAUGUGUUAUCCCCCCCUACAUAACACGUGGAAGCUGAACAACAUUGAGGACCAUACUCAUCAUGACUGUCUAGAGACCCGUGAGCAGUUAGAUGUCCUUGUAUAGUGUUUCUGUAUGUAGAGGAUAGUCAGCACCAGCUGUCGUAACUGUACAGCUUUCUUGUAUGUGAGGAGGCACCAACUGCUACAUCUCCUUAUACUCACUGAAAACUUGUUCCGAGUUCUGUCAUUGCAGCUUGUGUAUCUUGGCUUCAUUCACUAGUGCUAGAUAUUUCAAAGUUGUGGGCGUAUUUGCAGAAAAUUUGUUAUUGUUUUAUUGACGUUAAAAGCUUAUAAUCAACUCGAUUUACGACAAACAGGAAAGGAAAUAAUAUCAUAUAGGAAAUUAGUUAAUGACAAAAUAGACCAGACUAAUAUAGUAAUGGGGAAAAGUUGAAUUACCUUCUGUACGGCAUCCUUGUAUCUACCUCUUACUUUCUAUCAAUCAUGGCUGUAUGAUUUAUUAACUGUAUCCUGAAUCGAACAAAAGGUGUAGAAAUCCUCAAUGUGUGCAAAUGUAUUGUGUGUACAUAUAGAAAUGUUUGAGUGUGUGUGUGAAUAAAGUUGAGAUGUCACCUUCAUCAGAUGGUCAUAUAGGGCCGGAUACCUGAUUUGCAGUUGUGGAAAUGUUAAUUUAAAAACUGUCAUUAGUUAAUCAUGCAAUGUAGGAGCUCAAGGGCAGCUUGUUCCCUAGUGUUUUUAUGAAACAGUUAGGUGUCUCCUUACCAGGUAGAUGCUACUCAUUAUACACUAGCUGUUUAUCUGUUACCAUAUUAAACCUAGUGCUAUUUCCUUUCUUUUAAUGUAUCCCUACAAAACUUAGCUAAAACUGUGAUUUUUUUUUUUUCUUGUGCUGUAAAGCAGGAUGAUUCCAUGUUAUGAUCCUUGAACAUAACAGAUACACAUGCCCCUUGACUAUUCAGUCUAAUCUUCAAAGAGGUUAAGUUAGUUGAUGGUAUUAUGGUGAAGGUUUAAACAGUGUAGUAUAUUUGAUCUUUUUAAGCUUUAUUCCACCUAUAACCAAAUUGUGUUUUGAGGAUAUAAAUCUAUUGUAAACUAAUGUGCUUUUCAGUCUGCAUUAAGAAGGAAAUGAAAGAAAUGUAUUCUUCAAGAAAAGUAGAGUCUAUUUAAUAUGUAUUUAAUAUUUUCAUUGCUACUUUUCAUUUAACAAGUUUUUAUAAAGAAUGAAAUUUCAAAAUAAUAUUUAUAAGUUAUCUGUACUCAGUAUAUUUCAUGAAUGCUUGUUCGAAGUGUUUAUUGUACUUUUCUUUAGAACCUGAACACUGAAUGUGUACUACAUGUAGUAUAUAAUUGAGUGUUUAUGUCAGAAAGAGGGUUUUAGUUGGAUUUCGUCUACAUGUACCUGUACCAUAAUAUCAACAUAUAUAAUGAACAGCACAAUUGGCAAUAAUGGUAUUUUGCCUCAGUUGUAAUUUUGCUGUUUCCCCUCUUAGAAAAGAACUUGAAAGAAUAAACAACCUGAUUUUGUUCUUUCACUGAUCAGAGGGAGGGCAAUUAUUUUAUAUUACACAGUACAAGUGUAUUUCAAUGCAUAUGUUGAUUGUUUUUCCAAAUAUGCAACAAAAAAUAUUUCUGUCUUUAUCAUGAAAUGGAAUUCACAAGGGUCAUAUGGGGCCAACGUUUUACACACUAAUGUACCAACACUUUACUUAACUAGUAUAUAAACUAAAAUGAAUGAUAAUGUACACAAUCUCUUGUAAACCACUGUCAUUGAUGUAGUAAUUUACACUCGGUGACUGAUAAUUUGUAGUAAUUGCUAAAAUCGGUUAUUUGAAAUUAUAUUGAAUUUUACACAAAGAAAUGCACAUCAAUGUAGCGUAGCGACCAUAACUGAUAUUGAAGAAAUAAUAAAAGGAUAACUACAUUUAUUCUGCACACGUGUUCAGCUAAUUAUAUAUAAAUCAAUUUUUGCUCAGAACAUUGUUUUAAUAGAGUUUGAUAUUUAGUUAAACAACAAUCUGAUAAAAUAAUAUAUAGCUAUGGUAGAUACACAGAAGUUUUUGGUGUAUGUAUGAAGUCUUUUGUCUCAUUUAUUGAGCUCCUUGAAUUAUUUCAGGACUGUGGGUCACCAUAUGUCAUUGUCAUACAAACCAGAUUCUGACCAACCAUCAAUAUAUAGACAUUAAAUUCUUACAUAUGCUUAAUGGUUUCAUAUUAUAACAAAAACAACUAACAGUAUAGAAUGUAACACUAAGUAUUUACAUUAUUUUGUGUCAUCAAUCCAAUAUUGUUAACAUUGAUAAUGGCUGUAUGUAACCACCAUUUACUUAUGUAUUGAUUAUUUUUAAAUUCCCAAAGAAGAUGUUGUCAUCAAUGGAUUAGUAACUUUAACAUUUUUCAUUCUGUUUAAAAUCAUUUUUUAUAUGAAAGCAAGGUAGAAUAUAGAAAAUAUUGAUUGUUUAAAAGAACAACUUCCUGCUUCUGAAUUAUUACAUUUUGGACAAAGGAAUAGAUAAACAGGAAUGUACAUCAUCUUUUACAAUUGUGAUGAUCUCGAUACUGAUAUUCCAUUUAGGGAGAACUUGAUGCAACUAAACGUACAAAUCUUAUGAUAUCUGGAAUACACUUCUAAAUGAAAUGAAUUUACUGUCUCUGUUUUUCACAAUACACUCUGUAGUCUCUGGCCCACAAACACUGGACUCAUGUGAAAUUGUGCAUUUGUCUGUUAGGUAUAGGUACAGCAUAGAAUCUUGCUUGACUGUGAAACUGCUAUAGCAAUCCUGUUGUCCAUCUGUAUUUUGUUGGGGGGGUUUAUUUCUGAAAAAAAUAAGUCAUUAACUUAAGAUAAAAAUUCAUGCUUUAAAAAGGUAAUGUUAUCAAUCUAUUGGAAGAAAACAUGGAUAAAUUUGCUUUCCUUUGUAAGCAAAUUCCCCCAUCCCCCUUCUAUUGUCUUUUGUGUUAAAAUCUUUGUCAUUAACUUAGGACUCCCCUUCAGAGUCAAGGGAAGAGAUUAUAUUGCUUUACAGAUACAAUAAUAUACGGUACUCACUUUAGAAUUUCCUGUAUGUUUUAAUGUUAAGACUUAAUAUGAUAGAUCAUUAAUACUUCAAGCUGACAUCAAUGGGAUGGCAUAGCAUUUGCUUUUCACGGGGCAUAGCAGGGAAAUCAACAAUGGUUCAACCAUGCUUUUAUUUCAGUUUUGUAUAAAGUGUCAGAGCUUAGUUAACUAAUACUAUUUAAUAUGAUAUUGAAAUGGUAUGCUAGGAUUGUCUUGCAUAAUUGGUUCACUACAUAUCUGAUAAUCCUAUGUCUGUGUUUGCUAUUACAUUAUUGGACAUAUAUUCACUUAUGUACACAAAUAGAAAUGAGUCUAACCUGUUGAUGUUGUGUGUGUGCGGUGGACAAAUAGGGAUGGAGGCUAUAUAGGUGUAAACUUUACACUCAAGCCAAACACAGACUAUACUGUAGAUACAGCACAGGUGGUAUUUCCCCGACAAGUAGGUUGGUUUGCCUUUGAGAUAUACAUAGAUUAUAGAAACAAAGUGCUUCUUCAUGACAAAUAGCAGGUCAAUGGAAUGAAAUAAAGAAUCUCUGUAAUCUCAAUUUAGUUUGAGAUCUUUUAACUUCAAUACUCCUUGUUAAAGUUUUUCCUUAAAAUGCACAAACAGUUUUUUCUUCGCAAAGACUGGAUGAAAUGUGUUAUGUAGCUUAAUGGCAGAUAAUGCAAAAUAAUGAUAAGUGUCAGUCGUUUUGAAAAAAGAAAUUGUAGUGGUGUUAUGAUGUGUCCAGUUGAUGGUAUCCUUAACUGAAUAGUGACAGUCUAGAGUGUCAAUGUUUAGGUUAACUAUUUUACUUGCUUAGUUGUUUGGUGAGUUGAUAUAAUUUGUGAUGUGCCAAAGUCCAGGAGUAGAUAUUCCAAUACAUCUAUGUUCCUUACUUUUACGGUAGUAAUGCUUUCACUCACGAUCUAUCAUUUAAAAACUUUUAAGAUUCAUUCAUGUUUCCAAAUAUAUAUGCUAUAUAUAUAUUUAUCAUUUUUAAGGUUUUUUGUUGGAUUAAAAUUCCAUUGGUUAAACAGGAAGAGUUCUUGCGGGGAGUUAAUUGUUUAAAAUGUUUUCAUUACUUCAUUUGUAGACUAAUGGGAGAUUUUAAUGUACAUGGAAAUUAACUCUGAUAGUAAUCCAAUAUGCAGUCAUUAACAUAUACUUCUAGAGCCAUAGAGAGCCUAGUAAGUUCAUGCCAAGGCGCAAAUCCAACUCGUCAAUGUUUUCGAGCAAUUUCUUAAAUGGUAAAUGAUGUUGUCAAGGUAUUUCAAUGCAGAAUUAUAGAUACUCUGCGAUACAGAUGAACUGUUAUUAAUUACAAAGUACAGAACAGAUUCAAAUUAAUAUAAAUCCAAACAAAUGAACUAUGUUCAAACUUAAGAAAUAUUAUAUCUAACACAUCUUGUUUAACAAUAAUUUCAUUGCCACUGAUUUGAAGCUCCUAGCAAUUCAUAAAAGCAAUAAAUGGUCUACAAACAGGUGAGCGAUGGACCCUUUUGGUCACUGUUUCAUAAAUGUAUAUGCGAGAAAAGGCGUCAGAAAAACAUAUUUUUAUUAUUCAAUGUUAUUAAAUGUAUAAAUUCAUAACGAAAUGAAAAAAAUGGAACACAUAAUUUAUGAAGUUCAUUAUUUAAAAGUUAUUUAUGCAUACUUAAACAAUAUGUACAGAUUUGUGUUUUUUUGUCAGAAUGAGGUUGUAGUAAAUUAUGUAGCUGUAUAUAAAUUUACUAGUCAACUGCCAUUAGAAUGACACGAGCUGUAAAUAGCAUGACUAGAUGAUGCUUGUGCUGUAAAUGUAUACCGCUUGCAUGUUUGAUACGUUACAGAUUUACCUGUGCAAACAGGAAAGGUUACAGGUGAUACUAUUGUCUUUUAAAACACAAUCAUUGACUUAAUAAUUUAUUUCUAAAUUAGAUAAUCCAAGAAAUAUGAAUAUUCUUCAAUUCACUUCUAAACUAGAUAAUCCAAGAAAUAUGAAUAUUCUCCAAUUUACCACAAGAAAGCAAAACUAUUAUAGAAUGCUUAUGAAAAUUGUAUAAAUAUUUAUUGUGCUCCUUGUAUUGAUUAAAUGAUGGAGCAAUUUCAGUUAAGAGACAAGGGAACAAAUUCAUCAAAUAAAAUGAAACAAUGAAAUCCAUGCUGUAAUUGAGGAGGAUUGGUAUUUGAUAUGCUUUGUGAAUAGAUCCCUAAUAUGUCUGGGGUAGCCGUAGAAUGGUCGCCCAAGGUGUCAGUGUCUGUAACCAUUGUAUUGUCUACCGCCCAUCACCAUUCUCCUGUGUCUAUUAUGUCUGCCAAUAAAAGAUUCAUUUCUACAAUA